AUGAGUUCAUUUUCUACCACAGUUUGGCUUGCGAUUACAGGGUUGGUAUUUGUUGUUGGCUAUAAGAUUGGAAAAACUUCCCUUUCAACGUUACCUCAGCGAAAAAGUCGGCAGAAAAAGAAAAAUGAAGACAAUAAUAACGGCAGUGAUUCUGAAAUAAUUCCAUUUAAUCAGCCCGACGACCAACAGAUUAAUUCUGAUAACUUCGGUUACUUUAAAUUGGUAUUGCUGAUUCGUAAUGAUUUGAAUAUGACUAAAGGUAAAGUGGCGGCACAAUGCUCACACGCUACGCUCGCAUGCUACAAAUCAUUGCAAGCAUCCAAUUCAAAGAUGCUUAAAGCCUGGGAAAGAUCCGGACAAAUGAAAAUAGCAUUGAAAAUUAAUGAUGAAACAGAACUACUAGAAUUACAAGCGAUCGCUCUAAGUCUCGGACUAUGCGCAGAGCAUAUAACGGACGCUGGUCACACUCAAGUUAUUCCAGGAACAACAACUGUAUUAGGAAUUGGUCCCGGUCCAGUUGACAUCAUAAAUCAAGUAACAGGUCAUCUUAAAUUAUAUUAA